GGCGAACACAGUUGCUCAUACCAAGCAGAAGUGAAAUCAUGCGGAUAAGGGGAAAGGGCUUCUCACCUAUGCUAAGGAAAAAGAGACUUCUUUGGUAUAAUGCAAAGAUGGUCGUGAAAGACUCCACUGGCUCAAUGGAUCUCUUGGUAAAGGACACGAAGACAGAAUUCAUCUUACAAUGUGUCCCUUCAUAUCUGAAGAAAUUAAUGUUAAAGGAUAAUGGGGCGCAAAUGCUCAAAGACUAUAUUUCUCAAUUUUAUGAAUGUCCAUACGUGUUUAUUAUUCCUGCUCCAAAAUUUGGAUGCGUUGACCAUUGUGCUCCUUUGGUGACUUUUGUGUUAAAAAUUGAUUCGUCAAAAGGGUGUUGGCACAUUUUCAAAGGUAAUAAAAUGAUUUAAAUUAUUGUAGGGGUGAUAAGUUGUCAUUUUGAUUUAAUUGCCAGUUCAUAUUUAUUUGCGAUGAAUUUAAUAAUUCUUAAUCUUAUUUAUGUAGGAAAAUCGAGAACUGGCAAAGAGACAUUGGAUUCGUCGUGAUAAGAACUUUGUUAAGACAUUGAAAAUUUCAUAAUGACAUUUUAUUUGUUAGGUUAAGUUUUACAAGAAUAUAUUUGGUUUGACGUAGUUAAUUUUUAUUACGUGUGUUGAGUGAUUUAUAGAUUUUGAAAAUUUGUGUAAAAC